AAUAAAACUCUGUUUGUUAAUCAAAUCAGGCUUUCUUAAAGGCUGGUGAAAAAUCACAAUGUUUUGACACUUCACAUACCUAAAGUACAGCUAUCUGGUGUGCUGUAACACUCCAAAGGGAAGAGCUAAGUUGUGCGAUAAGCUGUAAAGGGUCACCCAUAGGACACCGAUGAAGAUGAGGAGCCUUCAGCCUCACGACCACCAGGAGGCGGGAUAAGACCGACCCCCUAGCAACACGUGGCUCAGACACAGAACAGACCAGGAAGGACACAUAUACGGGAACCAGAAGAGUAUAUAAUCAGCUCCUUCCGGGAAGUGGGUGCACGCCGUUGGCGGAGCAAAGACUCCCCGGCCGCCCGGCGCUGUUCUGCUUGCUGCCGCUUGCUUAAUAAACUAAUUUGAUUAAUUGGGCUGGUUCCUGUCAAUGACUGGGCCGCAAUCUAGAACAGAUUUGGUGCCGUGACUCGGAUAGAGGCAGUCUGGCUGCAAACCUCACGGGGGGGUCGCCCCGCUGAGUGAGCGGCCCCUGAUGAGGGUUUUUACACCCAGAGCCUCUACCGGCGAGCUCGAAAUUCGGCAGCAAACAAAUAAAAGCCGGCAACCCCGUAAACUUUGUGCACGAAGACUCAGGAGUGAGGCCUUAUCUCGUUUUACUCACCACAGAAACAGCCAUCCGGACAGCAGAGAGAGGCUGGACCCGUGCGAGCCGUGUAAAAGGACCAUUAAAAGACUAUUCUUGGGAAGUCACAAGCCCACCUGGAGAUCUGAAGAUUGACUUCAGGAGGUUGUAAAUGGACACACAUAUAACUGUGGUACAAGUGAGCGACUGCAGCAUAUCGGUGGGGUACGGUUGAUACAGGGGACAUAAGAAUCAAGUGUGACAUUCCGAGCUGUAACUGUUCUCCUUUUUAUUUGUUUUAUUUGUAAAGGGUGUUGAGAACGGUGGGGGACCCAUUGCCGUUACGGGAUACCCCCUCGAGGGGUUUGCCAACCUUGUGGGGACAAAGAGCGUGAGUUCACCAAAUUGGCUCUAGACAUACAAAUAUUUAAUGGUGAAAUCCAGGAGCAAUCUAGUGAAUGGCGGGAGAUAUUUGCACGGGCUAUAAAACCCAAGUAGUAUUGCUAUCACCCUAGCGAACCUGCUCCAUUUGUAAUUGACAUUAUUAUAGUGUGUUGUUGCAAGACACUUAAAGGGGUUCAGUGCGAUUCACCUGAAAUACACAGAAGCAAGCGACUAAAAAUUGCAUUUAUUCUCCUGAAGACUACCCCUGCUGCCGAGAAGAUGAUACCCCUCGUGACUCGAAACAACCGAGUCGACGAGCGAGGCAGAGGAGUAAAAAACUGUGGAGAACAGAACCCAAAGAGUGGGACUGUACCAAGACACUGGGAGGACUGCCUCAGUGUUAACCAAUGGAAUCGCACGAAACGCCCCGGGAGGAGUGAUAGCACUGAAAAGGACUGGGUAACUGGAGUGAGUGUUCAAACUAAACUUAUCAACCGCCCGGGUUUCCACCCUCCUCGACACACUCUAAUUCUAAUUCUACUAAAUCUUGUAAGUGUACACGGAUACUCUCACCAACCAUUUAAAUGGACAUUAAGUAGGUGGGAGGAUCAUCACGUGAUUCAAACUGUCACUAGUCCUGGGGCACCAACAUUUAAAACACACUUAUGUGAGUUAGCUCCCAUAAAACCCUGUUUAAAUCUUAUGGGGCAUUAUCUGUGUCCAAGCUCCAAUCCCGGGAGAACAUAUUGCAAUGCUCCCAACCAGUAUUAUUGUGCUUAUUGGGGAUGUGAAACGAUCGCCUCAAAUUGGAACCCAGGAGCAGGGCCAGAUAGGUAUUUGACAGUUAAAUGGGGCUCUGAGGGAUGCAGGCCCCCCCAUCGUGACCGAUCUGGGGGAAUUAUCAGUCCCGGAAAUUGCACCCAUCUAGAAUUAACUAUACAACAACCUCUUGAUGAGGGGUGGCUUCUGGGAAGAACUUGGGGAAUACGGUAUUGGGAACCUGGAACCGAUAGAGGGGGACUCAUUUACAUAAAGAAAGAAAUAGUCCCUAAUGACCCUGAUCUGGUGGGACCGAAUGAGGUACUAGCGGGAGAAAUAUCCCUCUCGUCGGAUAAGGGGAUACGUAAUGGAACAGAUACUGAGACUACUACAACAUCAGCAACACAUAUUAACACCCAGGAACCUAGGGGCAAUUCUCUUUGGAAAUUGGUGCCAGUUAUCAAGUAUUGAAUGCUACUUAUCCAAACUUGACAGAGCACUGCUGGCUGUGCUAUAACAUUCGACCACCUUUUUAUGAGGCAAUUGGGAUAACUGCUAACCCUAAACGAAUCAAUGGGUCAAACCCCUCACAAUGUCUGUGGAAAAACGAAACCAGUCAGAGCCAGGGAAUUACAUUGGCUCAAGUAACCGGGCAAGGGAGGUGCAUUGGGAACGUGCCCCACAAUAAGAAGCACUUGUGUAAAGCCAUGAUCCCCUCAAAUAGGAAACCACCAGCUGACUGGUUAUUACCAGCAAAGAAUACCAAAUGGGUCUGCUCCUCCACUGGAGUAACUCCUUGCUUAUCCCUGAAAUUAUUCAAUGAAAGCCAGGAUUAUUGUAUCCAAGUGUAAAUAGUUCCUAAAAUUAUCUAUCACCCAGAGGAAUUUGCCUAUGAAUAUCAAACAGUCCCAAAACAUCAUUUGAAUAAACGAGAACCCUUUACAGCCCUAACAGUAGCUACGCUGGUAGCUUUAGGUGCAACUGGAGUUGGUACAGGGACAGGCUCCUUAAUUCAACAAAAUCAACAAUUCAAUUCCCUUAGAGCAGCUGUAGAUGAAGACCUAGAAAAAGUAGAGAAAUCUAUUAGUGUUUUAGAAGCCUCCCUGAGAUCCUUAUCAGAAGUAGCAUUACAAAACCAUCAAGGAUUGGACUUACUGUUUGCACAGCAAGGGGGGUUGUGUGUUGCUCUAGAUGAGGAAUGCUGCGUAUACGCAGAUCACGCUGGAGUAGUUAGAGACACCAUGAAAAAACUACGAGGAUUAGAAAAAAGAAAGAAAGAAAGAGAAGCACAGCAAAGUUGGUAUGACUAGUGGUUCAAUUAUUCCCCAUGGAUGACUACACUAUUGUCUACCAUUGCGGGACCCAUGAUACUAUUAAUAUUGGGAUUAACAUUUGGCCCUUGUAUAUUGAACAAAGUAAUUGAAAUUGUAAAGGGCAGACUGGAAGCUGCCCAUUUAAUGCUUAUCAGGGCUAAAUAUGAGCCAUUAGAUAAGGAAUCAGCAAUGGAAGAAACAUUAGCUCCAAAACUAACUCCAAAAGAUUUGAUGAACAAAAUGGUAAAAGGGGGGAUUGUAAUGAAUAAAACUCUGUUUGUUAAUCAAAUCAGGCUUUCUUAAAGGCUGGUGAAAAAUCACAAUGUUUUGACACUUCACAUACCUAAAGUACAGCUAUCUGGUGUGCUGUAACACUCCAAAGGGAAGAGCUAAGUUGUGCGAUAAGCUGUAAAGGGUCACCCAUAGGACACCGAUGAAGACGAGGAGCCUUCAGCCUCACGACCACCAGGAGGUAGGAUAAGACCGACCCCCUAGCAACACGUGGCUCAGACACAGAAUAUACCAGGAAGGACACACAUACGGGAAUCAGAAGAGUAUAUAAUCAGCUCCUUCCGGGAAGUGGGUGCGCGCCGUUGGCAGAGCAAAGACUCCCCAGCCGCCCAGCGCUGUUCUGCUUGCUGCCGCUUGCUUAAUAAACUAAUUUGAUUAAUUGGGCUGGUUCCUGUCAAUGAUUGGGCCGCAAUCUAUAACAAUGAGAUGAUCAUCAUCUCUCACCUGGGAAAAGUACUAUAUGCCUUUUAAUAACUGCAGAAUGUGGAAAUGCUUAAUAUAAUUAAUUAUGUCCUACAGUCUUUAUUACUUGCAAGUAGUCCCAUUAAUACUGGUGAUUGUUGAAGUUACUUCUGUGGCUGUCUGCCGAAUAAAGAUUCAGGACCUACAAAUUAAAAUCAAGUCACCCAUACUGAAAAA